AAUAUUUAAGACAAGAAAAGGAGAAAGGACUAGAUGGCUGGACCCAGUCCAGAGUGGCACCCAUCUCCUACAAAACCCCUUCUCUCUCUCAUCUCCGACAACUCUCUGUCCGCCGAAGCACCUCCUUAGCUGCCGCCGCCGCCGCCGGCCCACGUGAAGUCUUCAACUACAUUAAUACAUCCACCAUCUCUCUGCUGCAUUUCUCUUUGUUCUCUCUCUCUCUUUCUGAGAGUUGCUAAGGAAUCAAGGAAAAAGGGUAAGAAAUUAAUAAAUGUCAGUGUCGUGUGGGGUGGAGUGCGUGGUGGUGCUGGGGUGCCUCCGGUGGGCAUGGAAGCGCUGCACCUACGUGGGUUCCGACGACAGCGCAACCUGGGCGCUGGCCACGGCGGAGGAGUUCGAGCCAGUCCCCCGUGUCUGCCGCAUCAUCCUGGCCGUCUACGAGGACGACCUCCGCAAUCCCCAAUUCCCCCCGCCCGGCGGCUACCGCCUCAACCCAGACUGGGUCAUAAAGCGCGUCUCCUACGAACAGACUCUAGGCAACGCCCCGCCUUAUCUCAUCUACGCCGACCAUGAACACCGCGAGAUCGUCCUCGCCAUCCGCGGCCUCAACCUCAUCAAGGAGAGCGACUACAAAGUCCUCCUCGACAACCGCCUCGGCAUGCAGAUGUUCGACGGCGGGUACGUUCACCAUGGGCUUCUGAAAUCUGCUGCUUGGCUGCUCAACCAGGAAUCGGAAACCCUAAAGCGGCUCUGGGUCGAGAACGGAUCUUCGUACAAGAUGAUUUUUGCUGGGCACUCGCUGGGGUCUGGUGUUGCGGCGAUCCUCACGAUCAUUGUCGUGAAUCACCGCGAUAGAUUAGGGGGGAUUCCACGGAGUAGUGUCAUGUGCUAUGCGGUUGCGCCUGCGCGGUGUAUGUCACUCAAUUUGGCCGUGAAGUACGCGGAUGUGAUACACUCGGUGGUUUUGCAGGAUGAUUUCUUACCAAGAACACCCACCCCAUUAGAAGAUAUUUUCAAAUCGAUCUUCUGCUUGCCCUGUUUACUAUUUCUGGUUUGCUUGAGGGAUACCUUCAUCCCAGAAGAUAGGAAGCUUAGAGAUCCCAGAAGACUGUACGCACCUGGACGAAUGUAUCAUAUUGUAGAGAGAAAGUUUUGCAGAUGUGGGAGAUUUACCCCAGAAGCCAGAACAGCCAUUCCUGUUGAGGGAAGAUUUGAACAUAUUGUUUUAUCAUGCAAUUCCACUUCUGAUCAUGGAAUUAUUUGGAUAGUAAGGGAAUCAGAGAAAGCCUUAGAGAGAAUAAAAGAAAGCUCCGAGACCAUUACAACAGCACCAAAAAUUCCGAGACUUGAGAGGUUGCAGACAAUUGAAAAGGAACACAAGGAUGCAUUGCAAAAGGCUGUCAGUCUGAACAUUCCUCAUGCCGUGCCGGCCUCAGAAGAACUCUCGGGAGAUGAGGAUGCAGAGACUUCUCAUAAUCAGAGUGAAGAGGCCUCAAAACCUAAAUCCAGAUCAAGUGGUGGGAGAACAAACUGGGAUGAACUGGUUGAGAAACUCUUCAAGAAGGAUGAGUUGGGACAUCUACUUCUGAAGAGAGAGACAAAUGCCUCCGCAAAUACCACAGAAUGACGAUACGUUUUUACACCCAAGCGUCUGCCAGUACAUAUAUGCAGCAAAAUUUAGUCCACAUCUGUGUGUUCAAUACCCACCUUUCGUUUUGUGUGAGGGAAAAUUUUUUCGUGUACAAAGAAGCGUGAGGAUCACAUACCCAACCCCAGGCUUGUCGUCCAUGUGGGGAAACACAGCUUCAAAGAUAGAAAGAGUCCCAUUGUUGGUGUAGAAAGCUUUAAAAUUAUUGAUCUUUGUAUUUGUUUCUUGCAUGAGUAUGUAAAUUAAAUUCAAGAGCCAAUUCAUUGUCACUAUUUUUUUUGUGGAUGCAGAAGUGCAAUUUCUCUUUCCCAGACA